UGAGCACCUUGAUGGACAACCCUGAUGUCUUUUCGAGUGCCAACACCACCAAAUUUGAUGCGAUGGCCUCGAAAAACAGCCAGAAACAGAGUUGAUCUCGGAUAUUGUCGAUGCUGAUAUAGUGUGCGUUGCAUCAUUGUUGCCGCGUCUAGCGGGAGGACCCUGGCGGGUUGUUGAUAAGGCUGAGACGGUGAGAAACGAGUAUAAGAAUGAGGUCGUCCCUUGGUUUGACUCUUGGAGUCUUCAAGAUGAACAAGCACUUGCUUGGUGAUUGAUCGCCGAUGACAAGGGAAAGUCUCGAAUCUCCCUGGACAUGGCAGAGGAUACUUCUCUGGUCAGUGUCAGUUUGCUAUACCCGAAAAGUGCCAUGGAUCAUUGGACUCGAAAGUCUUCCAUGAGAGUAAUACAACAGCAGCUCGACUACCCUCAGCCACCAGCCUCUAUCACCACGGAACCCGUCUCUUGUAUCGAGGGCUCGCCUCCUUUUGAUCAUCCCUUCAGUCGGUCUCCCUUGGUACCGACCUCGACUUCAACCCGGACUCAGCUCAACUUCGCCGACCGUGGAUACAACAUUUACAUCACUCACGUCCUCUCACAAGGUCCACGGCCCAUGGCCCCAUUAUCACGGUCUUAUUACUCCUGGGCCUCACGACGAAGCCAUAUCCCUGAGUCCCCCCACGAGAGAUAUCCCGGCUCGACUUUCCAUCAUGAUACAAACUACCCAGCCGAGUUCCGAGACCUUGUCUCCAUCCCACGCCUUGAGAUUAUUAUGACUGGGUACAAUAUCAACUCGGGCGUCAAUACUAUCAGCUCUGACCGGGCGGGGAGACACUCGGUUGCCCCGUAUGGAGACGAUGCCUGGAUCCCGGAUUGCCUCCGUGUGAUAGCGGACUUUGGUGUGUGAUGAUGAUGUAGCGAAGUAGUUGAUGCUCAUGAUGAGAUGAUGUUGUUCUGCCCUUGGUGUGUUGUAGAAUGGCAGGUGAGAAGACGCUUGUCUUUACCUGAUCCAAUAUUGAUCGCUUCAUCAGAGGUACCUGGUGUUGAAGACAAUAGGCAUUCUCAUGUCCUAGCAUGAUCGUCAUGCACAGAUGUAAGUCUCCGCCGUUAUCUCUUACGUCCCAGCUUUCUACUUUCUCUAGCCCCUCUUUCUCUCCGUUAUUUCCCUCAAGAUAUCUUCUUCCCUAUCAUCACGUCCGUUUGCCGCGUUAGACGUGGGUCACGACAGCUCAUCGUUCCCUAUGGAUCAAUCACACACUCUCGAUCCCAUUACACUCCCACGUCCGCACCCACACCUCCGGUAGCCCGAUGUGUUUCCCAUGACUAAAUUCUCAUCAUGCACGGGCGCAAUAGUCCUACACUUCCACCAGUUCUUUGGGAUAUACUUUCACUGCCUUGUGUUUCCCAUCCUCCCUCGCCUGGUGUAGGAGGGCCCAACACACCAAUCAUUGCCCAAUCUUGCUAAAGAUGCAUGCGCGGGAUGCAUGCAUGGAUGGUACAGAACUAAUCGACUCUGAGCCGUCAAUGUAUUGGCUUUUGUGGUCCCCAUACAUGCCCACGUUAUUCUCGAUUAUCCCUCAUCGAUCCGUCUCACUUAUGCCUAUCACACUCCGUUGUUGUUGAUAGGCUUGUUCAUCACACUGGUUCGUCACGUUCACGUAUCACGAUGAUGAAAUAGCCCUCGCCGUUCUUCUACUGCAUGAUUAUCUUGGCUGUUGAUUAUCAUUCCAGCGGCAAGCGUUACUCGAUUGUCGUUGGCUUUACUUUAACAUGAUCAUCCAUCAGACACAGCUCGUCCGCUAUUGGUUGCCUCACAUUAUCCGUCCCUCUCGUCGUCUUGGUUCACUACCCCACUCGGCGAAUAAGUCUAACUCUUAUUCCUCUCACAUGUUCAUAUCCAUUCUCAUCGCUUUCUCUUACACCUUCUUGCUCUGUGUGUACCCCCAUCCGGCAUAUCUAUUCUCUUGAUUCGUCCACGUACAGGACAAGGCAUCUCGGUAGGCCCAAAGGGGAACUACCCCGGCUUCGACACAGGGUCUCGAGGUACAGCAUCCUUCUUCUCUUUCUCUUUCAAACCCAGUUCAGGCCCCUACUCACCGGUGUGGGCAAUGGACGAAACUAUUUUAGUCAGUCCGGCUUGAGCCGCUCUAAAGCUCUGUCGUCGCUGGGAUGAACCCCCACUCCCAAGUGUCCAAGUUCCAUGGAAGCAUGACUUGCUUCAGGUGUUGCCUUGUCCCUGGCAGCUAGACUGAGCUAUCGGAAUCCGGCUCAAGCUAAUACAUCUAUGGGUACUGGCCAUGUCUUGCGAACUACAUGUGCAUGCGUUACGUGGCGAUACCACUACGAUGUCAGCAGCAGGCCUCAGUAGCAUGCCAAUCCUACCUCUUCUGGAAAGAAACUGCCAGUUCCACAUCUGGUGCCGCUCAGUUCAAUAGGUGCAAGUCUGCGUUGCAACGCCGGUGGCCAUGAAACUCAUUUCGCAGUGGCUGCAUCUCGGGACGGCGCGAGUAGAGCUUGAGCUGGAGCUUCACGGUGGAGAGCUCUCCCUGUAGUGGAGGCUCGGCGCAACCACCAUGGAUCAUCUCGGCCAAUUACAGAAACAUGGGCCUCCCACAUCGUACAUGGGCAUGCGGGGUGAAGGUCACUUUUACCUGGGAGGACCCUGAGACUUGGUUGGAUUCGAGGCAAGUUGGUGAUGCACAUGGAGUGGAGUCACUCCCACCUCCAUCCACGCCCAUACCCACGCCGGACGCGAUAAUCAGACAACCGAGAGAUGGAGUAUGAUGGAAGAUGGUUGAGAAUAUGAGGCUUCGAAAAGUAUAAGAAGGGCGGUUCUUCUCGCUCAAAUUGGGUUUUGUUCAUCAUCCAACAAUCUCACUCUUCAACACACACAAACACUUACAACUUUUUCGAAGACCUUCUUCACCAACAACUAUCAACAUGUCUCCCUGCUCUUGCUGCAACCACGAGGCCUCUGCCUGCGGCUCCAGCUGCUCUUGCUGCCAGCACUAAAUUCCCUCUUCCAUCACCAACGACACUCGGCCAUGACUACCACACUCGCAGGCCUCUGAGGGCCAUGCUUCCAGGUUACGAUACAGGAGGACAUCAAAUGCGAGCUCAGCGAGCAAGUCGGACGGACAGGUACAAUGGAAAGGAAAGAAAGAAAUAUGAGACAUGCUAGCGAUGGACUGGAACCGCCAAGUUUCGAUGGCAGGGCAGUUUAGAGACAAUUGCAGCUUGCAUGCCUUGAACAUAUACCUCAUCUCAUGUGACAUCUUGACUCGCUUUGCAUGAAUCUUAACAGUAAAUAGAUCUCGAUUCUUGUCGUUACUAUCGGAACGACAUGAUAUCGUGCAUGGUGUUGAUAUUAGAGUUUCCUAGCUCUAGACUAAGCGGUGUUACACGCAAGAGAUGAAAGCAGAUGAUCCUUGAGAAAUCUGAGAUAACCGCUACAACCGUUGGAGGCUAGGCUAGAAGGAUACCAAAGAUGGAUAAGAUCAGAUGGAGUUGACCCCUCUUUUGGGCUGUUUCAUGGUGAGAGCCGAGGAGAUGGCGUUUCUGGUACGGAUGUUGGCGUGGAGGAGCGCGACGGUCUGGGUUGAUAUGGGCGAUAUCGUUUACUGGGGGAGACGUUUAGAUAUGACCGAAGAGAAGUAAUGGAGGAGUUUGUGAGGUGAGAUCAUCGUGGUGAUAUAGGGUAAAGUCGAGACAAAAGCAAAGUUCCCCGCUUCAAGGCUGACAUGAUCUACACCAACCAGUUCUACGCAGGUGAAUCCACUAUCUUUUAUAUACCAUCGAAUCUAACCUCGAUGUCUUGAUAUAAUCAUUCUUGAACAAGGCAGUGUCUUGACAGUAAGAUCAAGUUGCGCUUCUGAUCUAUCUUUGGCGACAAGAUCUAGCUGCGGAUCAACUCAGAUCCUACAGGGUCCAUCUCGUCAAAGCGUUU